AUGGGUGAAUGCUUGAAAUAUCAAACGCCAGAUAAAGAAUGCAUGAAAUAUGCAAUUGUUUCACACAACAUUGAUUUUGUCACAUUCUUGAUGAACGAGUACAAUUUAGAGAUAGAUUUAUUUAACUGCCAAAGUUAUAAAAAUCUUGAUGCAUUAUUUGUUUAUUACGUUCAAACUAAUGAUAUUAACAAAUGUUUUCUUUAUUCUACAAUAUUUAAUAUCCCACACCUUUGUGAAUAUUUUCUUAACAAUGGAGCAAAUAUCAAUGAAAAAGAUAAAGAAGGGAAUGCCGCUCUUAAUAUUGCAGCAUAUAAUAAUCAUAUGGAAAUGACACAACUUCUUCUUUUACAUGGCGCAAACACCAAUGAAAAAGAUUAUGAUGGAAGAACUGCUCUUCAUUAUGCUAUAUGGAAUAAUUAUAAAGAAAUAUCCGAAGUCCUUCUUUUACAUGGUGCAAAUAUCAAUGAAAAAGAUAAUUAUGGAAAAACAGCUCUUUAUAUAGCAACUGAAUAUAAUAUUAAAGAAGCAGCACAACUUCUUCUUUUACAUGGUGCAAAUAUCAAUGAAAAAGAUAAUUAUGGAAAAACAGCUCUUCAUAUAGCAGCUGAAUAUAAUCACAAAGAAGCAGCACAACUUCUUCUUUUACAUGGUGCAAAUGCCAAUGAAAAAGAUAAUUAUGGAAAUACAGCUCUUCAUAUUGCAGCUGAAUAUAAUCACAAAGAAAUAGUCGAACUUCUUCUUUUAAAUGGUGCUAAAAAUAUUGUUCCAGUAUAA